AUGCUCUGCGAAGGUGCUACACGUGGUGGUCUGGCUUUACUUACAUCAAUAUUUGUCAUUUAUUAUAAAUGCAUUAAGAAAACGCCGAUAUUAGAGGUCGGAUCCUCUGAACAUCCUUUAUGA